UGACGUAAAGCGCGAUGACGUCACACCAGGGCGAGUCCAGUGUGCAGUGCAAGUGAAAGAAUUGCGGAGGUCUCAUCAAAACACUGAUCGGAUCUGCAUGCUGCCUUAAAAUCAUGGAGCAUAUCGGUGACUGAAACAUAACAAACUUUGAGACUGAAACAGAGCCUCGAUCACUGCAAAUCCUUUACCAGCAACAUAAAGUGGGAGCGUAAGAGUGAGAUACAUUGGUCACUGAAGUAACGCGAGCCAAGAUGGCAGGAAGAGAGCGCAGUCCACGCCACAGGCCAUGGUCUGUGUACCAAGCCAACACAUUUGAUUUGUCCUCAGAGAUUAUGGGGCUGGCACUAACAGGAAACAGUCAGGAUCCUGAUGAGCCGGCGCUCGAGUUCAGUCUGGCAUGCAGUGAGCUGAUCACUCCAUCACUGGACCGUAAGCCCAGUAGCUUUGUCGCAGUGAGCUGCACCACCCCCCCACAGGCGUUUUGGACCAAACAUGCACAGACUGAAAUUAUAGAGGGCACUAGUAAUCCAAUCUUCUUGAGCAGCAUUGCCUUCUUCCAGGAAUCUCUGAUUACCCAGCAGACUAAAAUCAAACUGUCUGUCUACGAUGUGAAGGACCGCUCACAGGGGACUAUGUACCUGCUCGGUUCGGCUAUGUUUACAGUGAAAGAGCUGCUUCAAGACAAACACCACAGGCUACACCUCACUCUGCAAUCAGCAGAGAGCGAGCGGAUGGGUAACAUUACCAUCAUUGGAUGGCAGAUAGAGGAGAGGAGAGACCAGCGAGCUCCUCUGGCACGUUCAGACACCGUUAAUGGCAGGAUGGUAUUACCUGUUGAUGAAAGUCUGACCGAAUCCAUGGGAGUAAAAGCAAAAUCAGCAUCUCUAUGUAAAGACGCUCUUUUAAAGGCAGUGUUUGGAGGCACUAUUUCACGGAUGUACCGAUUUCCCACGACUGAUGGAAACCACCUGCGUGUCCUGGAGCAGAUGGCAGAGAGCGUGCUCUCCCUGCACAUACCAAGACAGUUCGUUAAACUACUGCUGGAGGAAGAUGCUGCCAGGGUGUGUGAGUUAGAAGAGUUGGGUGAGUUGUCCCCCUGCUGGGAGAAUCUGAGGAGACAAAUCAUCACUCAGUACCAGACUAUCAUCCUCACCUAUCAGGAGACGCUCAGUAAUUUACAUGAAUACAAGGGUCCUUCCUUCAAAUCUAGCACUCUGAAAGGAGAGAAGAAACUGGAGUUUAUCCCUACAAACCUCCACGUUCAGAGGAUGAGAGUGCAGGGCGAGUCAGGCUACGAUCGCACAUAUGACGUGGUGACCACUGGGGCCCCUGCGGCACAUCACCAGGGCUUCAAGGGCAGCGGAUUGAGGAAACUCAUUCAGAAAUUUGAGGAAGCCAAAAAGCAUUCAAGCGAGGGUGAAAGUGCCGGGGAAUCUGCUCCUCUUUCUAUGCGGUACCAGCCACAGGAUGUGUUGAAAGCUAAAGAAAUCAUUUCCCAUAUCAACACUCUGAAGACGCAGGUCAGCUACUACACUGAGCGGCUGUCCCGCGCUGCCAAAGAGCGCUCAACCAAUGCACUGGAGAGGACCCUCGCUAUCCUCACAGACAAGACGCGGCAGCUGGUGACAGUGUGUGACAGUAAGCUGCUAACUACAGCUAUCCAGGCACUGAGUGCUGCCCGCCCAGAGUUCAUCGCCUCCAGAGGCUCUCCGUCCACCCACGACACUGAGCGUGUGGUCCUGAGGAACGACCAGGGCUCUCCACAGGCCAAAUGGAGCGGGAAAGGGAACAGAGCAUCUGCAAACUUAAACUGGCAGGAGGAAGAGUGGGAAAAGAUCUGGCUGAAUGUGGAUAAGAGUCUGGAGUGUGUGAUCCACUGUGUGGACAGGCUGCUGACGAGAGAGCGCUCACAGAGCGACAGCAGUGAAGACGUCUUCUUGUCUGACCAGCAGACCAACACCAGCAAGAGAGGUAGCCAGGGCAAUGCAUUCUGGAUCAACCCUGGUGACGGCUGCUCCACCCCCCUGACCUCAUCACACCCUCUUUCAGCUCAGUCCUCAUCACACUUACUGAACCCUGCAUGCCCAUCCAGUCCUAACACUCGCUCCUAUGGCAGUCCCAGUGUUGAAGGCUCUUCUCCUGGUGAAUGGAGUGAUGCUCUGUAUCCCCUUCUGACCACUCUGAAUGAGUGUGUAGCAAUGAUGAGCGACAAAGCCAAGAAGUCGAUGGUGUUUCUACUGAUGCAAGACAGCGCUCCCACUAUCGCCAUGAGUUUGUCACUACAGUACCGCAGAGAUGUGGUUUUCUGUCAGACACUGACGGCCCUGAUCUGUGGCUUUGUGAUUAAACUGAGGAACUGUCUCAGUGACAGCGGCUUCCUCCGACAGCUCCACAUUAUCGGUUUACUGGUCCAGUUUGAGGGGCUCCUGAGCACCUACGGGGAGGAGCUCGCCAUGCUGGAAGACAUGAGUGUAGGCGUCAUGGACCUCCGGAAUGUCACCUUUAAAGUGACCCAGGCGACCUCCAGCUUCAGCCCCGACAUGCUGCCUGUCAUCACGGGCAACAGAGAUGGGUUUAACGUGCGUGUUCCUUUAUCGGGGCUGAUGUUUGAUGUGUUACCCCGGGAGAUCCAAAAUGGGAUGCUGCUACGAGUUCAACCGGUAUUAUUCAAUGUAGGAAUCAAUGAGCAACAAACGCUAGCGGAAAAGUUUGGAGACACGUCGCUGCAGGAAGUAGUGAACAUGGAAAGUCUGACUCGUCUUGCUUCCUAUUAUGACCAGUUUAAAGAAGUACUGCCUGAAGACUGUCUGCCCCGCUCUCGCAGUCAGAUCUGUGUACCUGAGCUACUCAAGUUCCUCAGUCAAAAUGUUAAUGCCAGGAAGAGCAAGAAUGUGGACAUCCUGUUGCAGGCAGCAGAGAUUUGUCGGCGUCUGAAUGGUGUGCGUGUGACCAGCUGCAAGAGUGCAAAGGACCGUACGGCCAUGUCAGUGACCCUGGAGCAAUGUCAGAUCCUUCAGCAAGAGCACUGCAUGGCCCCGCAGGUCUUCACACAGGCUUUGGACUGUAUGCGCAGUGAGGGCUGCAGGCGAGAAAACACCAUGAAAAACGUCGGCAGUCGCAAAUACGCUUUCAACUCCCUCCAGCUGAAGACUUUCCCUAAACCGUACAGACCUCCAGAGGGCACCUUUGGGAAAGUGGAAACUUGAACUGAAAGCAGUCCGCUCGCGACUAGAACUGCAUGUUUCUCCUCGUUCGCUUUACUUAAUCACCACAUAUCUGAAGGAAAGUUUUCUUAUGCACAGUCAUGCUGAAAUACGCUCUGGUUAUCAUCCAGAUGACAAUGUUAAUAUUUCCACAUCCCCAACCUCUUGGCUCUAAGAAGAAAGUAGAUAGGGAAAGAAAAUCACUUGAACAUAAAUGAGUAGCUCACUUGUUUAUUGCACUGAAAGCAGGUAAGAAGGCCUUUACUCUUAAUAUAAAAAAAAAAAAUCACUGAUGAUUUCAUUUCAAUUUGAGAAUUUCCCAAAUCAUCUAAUCCAUUCCGUCUGUGUUUAUUUAAUAAGUACAUCUUUCAGUACUUUCCUGUACCAAACUUAGUCUUUGUACUAAAAAACAAAUUUCAGAACUAUCAGCACUGAAGCAAAGCUGUGUUUUAUCAUCCUUUAGAUUGGAAGUUCAAUAGGUGAUGUGUAUGUGCUGUGAUAAAGUAGAUGAUUUGUUCCUAAGUCAUCCAGUUUUAAGAUUUAUAAAGAAAAUCAAGCUGUUAAAUUAGAGAAUCCAUAUAUGCACCUCAAUGUUCACCCUCACUUCAUUUAAAGUGUACACAAUACUAGCUGCCUUAAGAGAGUCCUCCAUUGGUUAAGAUACAUGUGUAGAUACGUCUAAUCUGUGUAUGACUAUUUGUGAUGUGGCAGAUUAUGUUUUAUUUAUUUACAGUAAGACUCUCUCUUUACGAAAGUGUUAGUGCUUUAAGGCAGGCCUUUCCACUUCUGACUGUGCAUUGUACGGGUCGUAGAGUUUAAGAGGACGAGCUUCCUCGUACUGUUUCCAAGCACAGCUAGUCUCUGUACAGUGAGCAUACUGUGUGAAUAUUCAUUCUUUGUAAGGAAAUAUGUUAGAAGACACUAUUAUGUUCAUUAACUGUUUGUAUGUUUUCAUAUUCCAGUGUUUCUUUGUAGGACAUUUAUAUUGGUUGAUAUGAAUGUCAGUACUGAUCUAACAAGGAGCACUGCUGCAGCUGGUCCAGAAAUGUGAAGAAUAUUUCCUGCCUUCUUUUGUUUUUGUAAAGCAGAGGGAUGCAUUUAGACUAUUUAUUUAAGUGUUAUAGAAAACCAUGUUAGGCACUGCAUCAUAAAAGGCUAAGACUAACUCUACAUGUAAUGAUCAUCAGCCUUUGUCUCUGCACAAAUAAAUGCACAAAUGGACUGUAAUUUCUGGUUUGUAUAUUGAAAGAAUGAACAACUGAAAGCUUGUAUUUGCAUUUUGCAACUUGGGAGACAAGAGCAUGGAUCUCAACCUCUGCUGAAAUUAUUAUUAUUUAAAAGUCUUUAAAACCAGAUGCACUGCAUGGAAGGUAGGCUACAAUUGUUACUGAAGUUUACACUUAAUUGUUAUUUUUAAUAAAUUUACAUUAAAUUAUUUUACAACUUAAGUCAUUUUAUUUUAACUUUUCAUGUAAGAGUUUAUCCUCUAUUGUUAGUGCUAAAGCACUAAGAGCAUGCUGCCCUAUUGGUCUUACAGUGUCUGUUUUUAUUUUUUAAUGUAUGUGCAAAUACUUUGCUGUACAAAAUGCCUCUCUCUUCCCUCCAAACAUACAGCUUUAAAAAUAAAAUUACAUGCCACAUUAAACUUCAAG